AUGUCUAUUGAUAUACUUAUAGUUGAUCAAACCUUGAUGAUGGUUGAGGAUAAGGUUCCUAAUUUAAAUGGUGAUAACUACAAAUCCUGGAGAGAGGCUGUCCUUCUUCAUUUAGGGUGCAUUGAUCUUGAUUAUGCUUUUCGUAAGGAAGAGCCACCUACACCAACAUAUACUAGUUCUCAAGCUGGGAUUUCUUUGUAUGAACGGUGGGAGCAAUCCAACCGUUUAAGCAUGAUGUUUAUCAAAUCUCACAUUACGAGUAGUAUUCGUGGGUCAAUACCAGAGUGUGAAAAUGUCAAGGAUCUAACGGAUGCAAUUCAUGUACAGUUUGAAACAUCAGACAAGGCAUUAGGUAGCACCCUAAUGAGUAGAUUGACAUCCAUGAAGCUCACUGGUAUUAAAGGAGUUCAUGAGCGUAUUACGAAAAUGAGGGACAUUGCUACUCAGUUGAGAUCCCUUCAGAUGGUGAUUAAUGAUGAUUUUUUGGUGCAUUAUGUCCUGAACUCUCUCCCGUCUCAUUAUAUUCCUUUCAAGAUAUCUUAUAACACAUAA